AUGCAGAGAUCAGACAGUCUUAGUAGCAGCAGUCUCAAGUUGCGUCGCCCUUCAACACGUGUGCCUGCUUCAGACCCUGACCUUGAUUCGCCAUCAGGUCGGAGCAGGUCAGGGCGGUUUCAGAAAAGUAUCAGUGGCUUGUCAGAUUCUUCGGACUACAUGGAGGAAAGUGGAUUGACACCGAGAGAGGGCGAGGAGGAUGAGGUAGGAGAGAAGGAGGGAGAGGACGGAGACAAGGACGAAGGCACUGCAAAGAUGUCAUUGAUGGCCUUAUUGGCGGAGACAGACAGGGAAAUGGGAGUAGAAUCGGCCUAUGUGAUGGAGGACGACGAAGAAGAGGAAGCUGAAGAAGAACACGAUGCUCAUGAAGAGAGUGGUGAAUAUAGUCAGUGUUGUGUUUGCAUGGUGAGGCAUAAGGGUGCUGCUUUUAUACCUUGUGGACAUACUUUCUGCAAAUUAUGUUCGAGGGAGCUUUUUGUUCAGAGAGGAAAUUGCCCGCUCUGCAAUGGCUUCAUUCUGGAAAUCCUCGAUAUUUUCUGA